UAUUACUAUUCUUUUAAUGGUUGCGAGACGGGAAGACGUCGGCCAUUUUUGUCGAGUGUUUUCUUUCGCGUUAAAUCAAGAUGAAGAUCGGUCUUUGUGCGUAUAGCGGAUACAAAAUAUAUCCGGGCCAUGGCAAAACCAUGGUCAAAGUUGACGGAAAGACCUUCACUUUUCUCAACUCGAAAUGCGAGUCUGCACAUUUGAUGAGACGUAAUCCUAGGAAAGUGACGUGGACCGUCUUAUACAGACGUAAACACAAGAAGGGACAGGAAGAGGAACAAACCAAGAAGAGGACAAGACGCGCUCAAAAGUUCCAGCGUGCUAUUGUAGGUGCAUCUCUUACGGAUAUCUUGGCGAAACGUAACAUGAAACCAGAAAUUCGCAAAGCGCAGAGAGAACAAGCAAUUAAGGCUGCAAAGGAACAGAAGAGAGCAGCAAAGGCGACGAAGAAGGCUGUUGCUCCUCCGAAAGCAAAACAAGUGGCUAAACAAAAAGUAGCCAAGGUGACGCAAAAAGCCGCACCUCGCGUCGGAGGAAAACGUUAAACUUAUAUGCAAGGAACUUAAAAAGCUUUUUUUUGCAUCUGGACGUUUAACUUCCUUACCUUCGGCAUUCAAAUGCGCGGCCUCGAAAGCACCGAGAAAAGCAUAACGCAUUCCAAGACCUUCGCUCAUCACUGCAUCAACAUCCUUUGCACUUAACACUCCAUCAGCCACCAAUCU